UCGCCUCCCCGCAGAGCGCGGUCUAGCUCGGGUGGCCAAACUCCGCCCAUCCUCGCGGGGAGCCGGUUCGCCCUCCAGCCGCCAGCACUCGGGACAGAGCGAGGCUCUAGAAGGGCCUGCGAGCUCACACAGACGGUGAACCAGAGACGAUCCAGAAGCGCACGAGUCUGCGGCCACGAGCGCUCUAAAUGGCUCCCAGAGGCUGAGCGCAGAGGGGCACGGAGGCAGUGCCACGGGCCCCAGAGCCGAAGUACUGGAUUGCAAGGUAGGGAGAAGGAAGAUGCCCAAACGAAGUUGAUAUCUGGGGGAAGGAGGCUGGGGCGCGCCCUCCCCGCACCGGAGCGCAGCGCAACCAGUUUCGCCGGACCUCGCUGAGCCCCCGGCGCGCUCUCCGGCGCGAACCCGCGGCCCCUCGGUAAAGCUCAGAGGGAAAGUUGUUGGCGGCGGUGUCCUACGCUCCCUGUUGUGUAACCUCGACGCUGCCAGCCGGACGGGGAAGUUGCUGGUUCUUCGGCCAGUCCAGUUCGGUCAUAGAUCGGGACGGAUUCAUGGCCCGCGAAGAACGCGGGGCCGGAACCGGCGUGGGCGAGCCCCCGCGCGCCCUCUCCCGCAGGGAUCCCGGGCGCCUGCUCUUGUCCGCUCUCCCGCCUUUCCGAUGCUCUCUGCGCCCCUCGCAGCCGCCGCCCUCUCGCCGCCGCUUGCCGCUUGGAGCUGCCGCCUAAGUCGGGAAGGACAGAAUGACCGAGGUGCUGUGGCAGGCGGUCCCCAACGGGACGGACGCUGCCUUCCUGGCCGGCCUGGGUCCGCCCUGGGGGAACAGCACAGCUGCCUCCACCGCCGCCGUCCCGUUCAAAUGCGCGCUUACCAAGACAGGCUUCCAAUUCUACUAUCUGCCGGCUGUCUACAUCUUGGUAUUCAUUAUCGGCUUCCUGGGCAACAGCGUGGCCAUCUGGAUGUUUGUCUUCCACAUGAAGCCCUGGAGCGGCAUCUCCGUGUACAUGUUCAACUUGGCCCUCGCUGACUUUUUGUACGUCCUGACUCUGCCGGCUCUCAUCUUCUACUACUUCAAUAAGACCGACUGGAUCUUUGGGGAUGCCAUGUGCAAGCUACAAAGAUUCAUCUUCCACGUGAACCUCUAUGGCAGCAUCUUGUUCCUGACUUGCAUCAGUGCGCACCGGUACAGCGGUGUGGUGUACCCUCUCAAGUCCCUGGGCAGGCUCAAGAAGAAGAAUGCGGUCUACAUCAGCGUGCUGGUGUGGCUCAUCGUCGUGGUGGCGAUCUCCCCCAUCCUCUUCUACUCGGGCACUGGGAUCCGAAAAAACAAAACCAUCACCUGCUAUGACACCACCUCAGAUGAGUACCUGCGAAGUUAUUUCAUCUACAGCAUGUGCACGACCGUGGCCAUGUUCUGUGUCCCCUUGGUGCUGAUUUUGGGCUGUUACGGAUUAAUUGUGAGAGCUUUGAUUUAUAAAGACCUGGACAACUCACCUCUGAGGAGGAAAUCCAUUUACCUAGUGAUUAUUGUACUGACUGUUUUUGCCGUGUCUUACAUCCCUUUCCACGUGAUGAAAACAAUGAAUUUGAGGGCCCGGCUGGAUUUUCAGACCCCAGAAAUGUGUGUUUUCAAUGACAGGGUUUAUGCCACUUAUCAGGUGACAAGAGGUCUAGCAAGUCUCAAUAGCUGUGUGGACCCCAUUCUCUAUUUCUUGGCAGGAGAUACUUUCAGAAGGAGACUCUCCCGAGCCACCAGGAAAGCUUCCAGAAGAAGUGAGGCAAAUCUCCAGUCCAAGAGUGAAGACAUGACCCUCAAUAUUCUAUCGGAAUUCAAGCAGAAUGGAGAUACAAGCUUGUGAAGAUGCCAAACAUUUUAUAACAUGCUCUUCUGUUCAAAGUGUACAUGAGUGCUGGAGCUAUCUGGAUAUUAACAGUUUCUCCAAGAAAACUGACCACCUGAAACUUAAAUUUGUGAUUUGUCUGGCUUUUAUUGUUUUUAAUAAUCCGAGGUAAGAACAAAUUGAAACUUCACAUCCUCAAAUUAGAGAAGUACAGCCAAAUCCUAAACUUGGUUCAUUCAAUAGCAGAUGAACAAGAGUGCAGCUGGGUGUCUUUUUUCAUCCUAUAAGCAAAGGUGGUAGGUAGCUGGCUGAGUUUCUUUGAAGAACUGAAUAGAAAAGUCAAGUCAAUGAAUUUAAAAGUCUAAAAAGUGAUUAUCUCCCUGGUUUUUUUUGUUUGUUUGUUUUGUUUUUUUUGUUGUUGUUUUUCUAGAAAACUGCCUACUGUAUGUUGGGUGAUAAAUGUUUGGUGGUUAAAUCCUGCAUAUAUUAUCUUGCACAUAAAAUGCCUUCAAAAUAAUUAAUGUGCACGUAUUUUCCUUGAAAACACCAUGAACUCUCUCAGACUUCCUGUGAUAAAGAGCAUUUACUUGCACCACUGCUAUGCAGCUCCUUAAGGGUGUGUUUGUGUUCCAGGACAAAUGCUUACUUACAUCUGUAAAAACAAUUUUAAAAAAUCACAGCUAAAAUAAAACCAAAGUUGAAUAACUGUUAGCAAGUUGAGGGAUGUUGGGCAAAGGGGGGAGAGUGGUUGACAGUCAUCCAUAAUGCAUAGCAUGCAAGCAUAUUCUCGAAUGUAUGAGACAACUGUGAGUGGGGAGAAGACAUUUUUAGAAUAAGGAGUGUAGUUUAAAUUAAUCAUGAUGUGUAAAGGCUCUUUUUUUGCUUCUUCAAAAUGCUGGAAAACAUUAACUGCAAUAUAGAAAGAAGGCAGCACACACAAUUUGUAUGGGUCGUGUUCACAGAAUGAAACACUGUAAUGAUUUACUGGAUCUUACAUGCUCAUAUUUGAAGAAAAAAAAAACACUCCAAAUAUAUGGGAAAGGGAACUAUGAAGAAUUACAUUUAAAUACUUGAGGUAUCACAGCACUAAAAGGUAAUGUGUAGAAACUGCUAAUCAGACUAUUAAUAAUUUAAGAGACGACUACUAGGCAGUGCUUUAUAUUCUCCCCCUGCCAAGCAGUAAUGAAAAAUCCAUAAAAUACUUCAAUAACUUUCAUAACAAUUUUCGGUGAAUAUUGAAUUGCUUCACUUCUAGUCUUUGAAGUGGUCAAAUUCUAUAUAAGGCAGAAUAAUGAGGUGAGGUGUCACAGUUUACAAUACCAUAUAAAUAAAUCCAGUGUCAAAGGAAUUUUUAACUGUGAAGAUACCCCAACAAAGCUAACACCAGAGUCUGCAACUGAUGGUGGGGUAACUUGUGUCUCUAGGGGAGAACCUGAGCGCCCUGUGGGACCCUGUGACCGGAAGGUCAGAGCUGGGCUUCUGUUCUUGCAGUGCCUGGGUAGACUGCAGAUUUGUGAACCCUUCAGUUUCUUCCUAGAAACUUCAUUUUACUUAGUCACUAGCCACCAGGCCAAUGAAGAAAAGCUGUAUCUAGCCUUCCUAAAGAGGGCUACUUUUUUACAUGUUCAGUGUUAAAGCACAGAAUUACAGAGACCAAAUCAAGAAGAAACUUUUAAGAUGUCCUACCUAUACUUCCUCAUUUUGAGGAAAAAAGUUUCUUAUUUGGUUAGGGUCCUACAGUAUUGUCUGUUGUGGAAUCCUAAAAGACAAAUACUAAGACUGUCAUGAAUACAUUACCCCACCAAACAUCCUGUUCCAUGAGACAAGAUUCAUAUCACUAAGACGGCCAAAAUGGAAAUGUCAAAGCCUGUACCAUCCUUGAACUUAUAGACGAAUGGUUCCCAUUUCUGUAAUAUUUCCUCACCAUUUACUUUAGUGUUCUUCCUUUUAGGUCUGAGGAUGCCAAGUCUGGUUUACAGUAUGUGUUAAGUACAUUGUUUCAGCUUCCAGAGAACUUGCUUUUGGAGUGCGGAUCCAGUGUGGAGGUGAACAGUGACUAAAAAUGCCCUUUGACUUCUUGGCAUGCUUCUUCCAGUGUUUCCUCUUUAGCUUCAUAUAUCACAGAGUAAACAAUGAUGACAUGCACAAACCUGCCUAAGAGUGACAAGAAUGAUCUGUCCAACCCCUUCCAGGCACAAAGAGGUCUCUGAGAUGAGUCUGCUAAUGGUGAAAACAUACAGAGGGUCAAGAUAAAGCAGUGACCUAUCAGCUGAAAAUCUGUUUCAUGACAAAUGAGAUGAGUAGGUAUUUUAAGAGUAAAGGCAGACAUCCACUGAAAUUUUGAUAAAAAGAGCUAAAAUUAUAGGACUUAAGAGUUAACUAAAUUUCACACAAUAAAACAACUUGAAUGCCAAUUUCAAGGUGUCUUAUGGCUCAUCAGUUGGCAUCUUUGAUUUUUUGAACAUCGACGUAUGUUUGCAUUGAAAUGAUAAAAAACAGACCAAGAAGAGAUAAGAGUGAGAGUAGGAUUUGGAGUUAAAAACAGUGACGCUGCCACUCGGCCAGCUGUGGAACUCUUGACCCUGUCAAGUCCAUACACGGUGGAUUAAAAGGGUUGGAUGACAUCCAUCUGUUGGGGCCUUAGGGGAUGUAGUAAAGCAUUAAAACUACAGGCAGCCAAAGGUGCGUGAAAUCUGCUACAGUAUUUUCUAGGACUCUUCAAUUCUAGUCCUAAGCUAAAAAUUUGUACAAAGUUCUUCAGCUGUGAUGAUGGACAUGACCUGUAAGUUUCUGCAGUUUCCUUGGGGCAGCCCCACUAUACUGCCUUUGGAUACAAGAGAUGUCAGUGUUCAGAGCAGCUGGAAUCAGACUGGUGACAAUGACAAUAAAUAUUUGUAAUUCGUUAGAGACAUAGUGAAGCUUUAACUUUGCUGGUCAAAUUGUAACUAUCAUAAUAGUAUUUAUUGAUGAAACUCACAGUCCUUCCAUUGUACAGAUUGCAACACUUUAAAGAUCCAACAUACUGAUGUACAUUAUAUUUAUUACUAUGUAUAAUAUUAAUAUGUCACACUGGUGUAUUUACAUAAUAUAUGAUGCAUAGAAAAUGAGUUAUUGUAUAUUAUGAUGCUUUCCAAAUAUCAGUCUGUUGAAGUGUUUAAAUAUUCAGAUUUUUUUCAUCUAAAAUAUGAAAAUCUGUUUUGUGAAACAGGUGAUUCUUUUUCUCUAGAAAUGCUUUGGCAUGUUUACCUUUUUAUUUAGGGUUCUUUCUGCAUAGACACAGUUUGGUGUCAAACUAUCAUAAGAUCAAUAGUAAAUAUAAAAUACCCUAGCCAGACUGGGUCUGUAUUGUCUGCAUUUUAUAUAAAACUAUAGAAAAGUUUAUGUUGCCUUUUCAACACGUAAGGAGGAACUGUGUCCCCAAAUACAGCCAGAGCUUCUCUUUCCAAAUGCAAGAGACUUGUCCUAAAUUCAAAGUAGAUCCUUAUGUUUUAGAAGUCUGGUGGUAUAGGCACUACAGAUACAACAUUAAAAUUUAAGGAAAUGCUUAAGGGAAAUGGAAAGACAAAAAGGCAGCUGGUAUAAUCAGUUAACUGUGCUCAGUUCUGCUUCAGUUUUUAUGUUGUGUUUCUUCUUCAGGUGAAAUAGUAUAAUCUUAAUUUCUUUGAGAUGGAGUUUGUAAGUAACACACUACCAGCAAGUUCAACACUGCUAGUGAUUUUAAUGUUUGCUUUGUUCAUAUGAUAGCUUUAAUUCCAAGUUUUAUGGUAGUAACUGUAUAUUAUUUGGCUGCUGAAUCCUGUUACAACUUAAAAAUUCUGUUGUACAUUGUAUUAUACACAUCAUUACAAAUUAACAUGAAGGGGAAUAUAUGUUACAUAUCAAAAAAUUGUGAAUUUGAAUUCUAGUAUGUUUUAGUGCUUUUGCAAAAAUGUUUAUUUUUAUAUUAUGUGAUUUUAAUAUAGAUAAUUGAACUAGAUUUCUUUGUGAUUAAUAGUACCAUUGAAUGAGUGGUAUGGAAACAGUGUUACUUGAUGUUUUGAGCUUUCUCAGGUUUAUCUAAAUCAAUGGUAGCUUAACAAAUUCCAGACUAAUUGUGCAAAAUCAUGUUUUAAAACUUAUUUCCUAUAAGUUUGCAUGCAGAAGUGUACAACUUCAAGUGUGUGUGUAUGUGUGUGUGUAUGUGUUGUCUAAGGCAUGGCAGCCAACUUCGUAUCUCCUGUUGAUAAUAACAGCAGAGCUUUGAUAUAAUUAUGGCCAUUAGAAUUGUACCUACCAUAGAUAAUUAAAACUGAAAAAGUCUCAAUAAAACUAUGAAAUGUG